UGAUAGGAGUCAUGCGUCUCUGACCUUUGUGUCUGGUGAAAAUAUGGAAGGAGCUGAAAAGCAUUUGUGUUCAUGCCUUGGGGAAUGAUGAUGUUCUGGCCACAGGAAUUUUUUGAGUAAAUUCCAGUUCUGUCAUCUGAGUGGCAGUUACUGAAUCAAAGCAAAAUCUGUCCUUGCUCUUUAAAUUCUGUUUUUUUCUCCUAGGAGGAAAAGCUCAGCACACUGAUUCAAGUAAAGUUUGGGAGGAGAGGAAGAAAAGGAAAAAAGGAAAACAAGAUUUUGGGGGGAAGGCUUGUACAAGCUGGGUUGAAUUUCACUGUAUCAAAUAUCUGACUUUCUAAAAUGAUCAACCACAUACUUCUGCAGGUUGGAAGUUUGCUCGGAAUGGCCUUUGGUUUCUCCUACUAUCAAUACUUUAAGCUGCUGUUCAGAAACAAGUCUGCAGCAACCUGAAUAAUGUUUUUAACGGCUGUUUUCAGUGUAUGUCUUCCCUAUAAUUUACUAAAAAGAUACUGAAUAGGCAAAUGUUUUCAGUCCACAUGAUCUCCUGCUGAUUUUGGUACCAGACUGAUGGGGAGGGAAAGUUUUAGAUUCUUUUCCGGCAAAGUCCCAUCUUUCUUUCCUUCGAGAAAAAGCAGGCAGCUAUAUAUUUGUGGCAGUGGCCACAUGAACGUUGUGAAUUUUCUGCUUUGCAGAUGUGUAAUUCUGCAUUGAUUUCCCAGAGCCCUGACAGCCUCUGCUUAACAGCAACAGGAGUUGCACAGAAUGUGAGCUUGCAUUUAACCCUUAUAAACGUAUUCCAUGUGAUGCUAGUCACAUAGCACAUAUCCACAUGGUGAUGUGGGUUAGGUGAUUGGGUGGUAUCAGUUGCCUCCUUGUGUCCUUUGCACUUGACAGACUCCAAGGGAGUUGCAGUUGCUCAAGCCUGCAUGCGGGUUGUGAUAGCACAUGUUUGCCCACCUACCUCUGGGGCCGCAAACUGCCUCGUUCUGCAAAACACUGUUGAAAACCACACUUGUGCAAGGGUGGCUCCUCUUUUCUCUCCUCCAAUGCAUGUGGGGUUGGGUUGCAGGAGACCCAUAUACCUGCUGUACUUGGCUUCUAGUCUGUUUUGGUGAAUUUGGCUUUUAAUUGUAUGCUGUGUACUAGUGUGUGUUUUUGAGCAAGGAGAGAGUGGCUGGGACUUAGGAGUAUAAGACAGCCUUGUGUUUGAGCAGCAAGCCUUGCAAUAAGGAAGCUAAAUGACUAUAAGCAUUCUUUUUUGUAUUUUGCUGAGAUUAGCACUUGGCUUAACUCAUUGCUUGUUUCCAUAGUGACUCCAUAGUAACUGUUUUAAGAGCUCUGAAGUUUAUUCAGGCGUUUCCAGGCUGACUUUUUAUGAAAGUUUUCUUUUCUUCUGAGCUAAUGGUGUGGCUGUCAUUGACUCCCAUCAGAAUGGCUGCCAAAUUGGUCCCCUAUGGUACAAUCCAGACUGGUGCAGUGCAAACCUAUCCCAGGUGCACAUUUUAAACGUGCCCUGUGCAAGCAAACCCCUGGGGGAGGAUGGAGUGGCCUCUUGCUCUUCUUCAUGGGGCUGUGCAGAGGCUUUUUCUUUCUAAACGACAUCAACAGCAUUGUUCACUUGAUAUGUUGGCCAAACUGUUUAUUUCAGGUGUUCACAUUUUCAGAUUAAUUUCAGGCAUUCGAGUUACAGAUGUUUGGAAGUUUAUUAAUUUUCCAGUUUAUUUUUGGUUUUUGGUGUCUGUUAUGCUUCAAAUGUAAAACGCUGAUUAUAACAGCACUACUUGGUAAAAGCCUUCUUCCUCUUAAGCCAACAUGCUCUUUUCUGUCUGUGCUGCCUCCAGCUCUUCUAAACAGUAUCUAUCCAUGGAUUGGAUUUUCCAGUCAGUCCCCUCAGGUGUUCUGCCUUAUUUUGCAGCCUGGUGUUACCCUGGGAAGGGGCAUAUGCAGGACGAAUGUGGGUACCCCUUUUCGCUUCUGAGUUUUGAUGAUGAGCUUAUGGAAAUAUAAUGGGGAGCAAAGCUGCUGCUAGUGGAAGGGGAAACAUGUUCUAAGGGUUGGUCUUGGGAGCAUAAGCUGUAAUGAAAGAAGGAUUUAUCCUGAUGACUCACCUGUAGCCUUGUCCACUGUCUCCUUGUUACCCUGGGUGCCCAACUCAUCGACCGGUGUUGCCACUGCCUCUGAUACCUCACUAAAGAUAGAUGCAUGUCUCCAGCAAUAAAAUGCUUGUUAAUAUGAUGUCUCUUUCUGGAGGGAACUGUUGCAUGUUGAGCUGAUGUACUCAGACAUUUAUCUGAAUUUCUCCAUGUAGCUGUGAAGUCCUUUUCCUCUGCAGGCCUCUGACUGCAAGGCUGUGGGAAGCGGAUGGGCUAUCAUGCCUGAAGCUAGGAUGCACCAGGGAUGAACGAACAAGUUAUGCAGUGAUUCUGACGUGUCAGGAACUCCACUAUCUCACCCUGGGGGAAAUGCCUCAGCUGAAGUUUCUCUAGCUCCAGCUUUGUGAAUAAAGACCUGUCGCUUUGGAGUUACUCACAGCAGCUCUGUCACCACUGGCUCAUCCAUCUGCUCCAAGAAAAUGUUUGCCGUCCACUUGCUAGCUUUCCAUUUCACAAAGCUGAAAGAGGAUCAAAUGAAAAAGGUUGACAGGUACCUGUAUCACAUGCGUCUCUCCGAUGAUGUCUUGCUGGAUGUGAUGUCUCGCUUCCAGGCUGAGAUGGUGAAGGGCCUGGGGAGAGACACACACCCCACAGCAACAGUAAAAAUGCUGCCCUCAUUUGUGCGCUCGCUUCCCGACGGCUCAGAGAAGGGGGACUUCCUUGCUGUUGACGUGGGUGGCUCCCAGUUCCGUGCCCACCGGGUGAAGCUGUUUGAUGAUGGGAAGCAGAGCAGCCAGCUGGAGAGCAAGUUUUACCCAACACCCAAGGAGGUGGUACAAGGGAACGGAACCGAGCUCUUCGAUUACAUUGCUGACUGUCUGUUAGACUUCAUGGAGACCAAAAACCUGAAGCAUAAGAAGUUACCUCUUGGCUUUACGUUUUCUUUUCCAUGCAAACAGACCAAAUUGGAUGAGGGAGUUCUUCUUGGCUGGACAAAACACUUCAAGGUCCGAGGAGUGCAGGACACAGACGUGGUCACCUCUCUGCGCAAGGCCCUCCAGAAGCAUAAGGAGAUGGACCUUGAUGUUUUGGCACUGGUCAAUGAUGCUGUGGGAACCAUGAUGACUUGUGGAUAUGAUGACCAGCACUGUGAAGUUGGACUCAUAAUUGGGACUGGCACCAACGCAUGCUACAUGGAGGACAUGAGGCACAUUGAUCUGGUGGAAGGUGAUGAAGGAAGGAUGUGCAUUAACACAGAGUGGGGUGCCUUUGGAGAUGAUGGUGCUUUGGAUGACCUCUGCACAGAAUUUGAUCGGGAGCUCGAUCUAGGAUCUCUUAAUCCUGGGAAACAACUGUUUGAGAAGAUGAUCAGCAGCCUGUAUCUGGGGGAACUUGUAAGACUCAUUCUCCUAAAAAUGACAAAAGAAGGUCUGCUCUUCAAUGGGAAAGUGUCAACAGCUCUGCUUACCAAGGGGAAGAUAGAAAUGGAACAUGUGGCCGCAAUGGAAAAAUACAAGGAAGGUCUGAGCAACACAAAGGAGAUCCUUACAGAGCUGAACCUCUUUCCCUCUGAAGAAGACUGCAUUGCUGUUCAGCAUGUCUGCACCAUCGUUUCCUUCCGCUCAGCCAACCUCUGUGCUGCUGCCUUAGCAGCCAUACUGACCCGACUGAGAGAGAAUAAAAAGCUGUUAAGGAUGAGAACCACUGUUGGGAUUGAUGGGGGACUCUAUAAAACCCACCCCCAAUAUGCCAAACGCCUGCACAAGGUGGUGAGAAGGCUGGUCCCAAACUGCGACGUCCGGUUUGUCCUCUCGGCGAGCGGCAGCGGGAAGGGCGCCGCCGUGGUCACCGCCGUGGCCUACAGGCUGGCAGCUCAGCGCAAGCAGAUCGACGCUGCUCUCGCGCCCUUCCUGCUCUCCCUGGACACCCUGAGGGAAGUGAAGAGCAAAAUGAGGACUGAGCUGGAAUACGGGCUCAAACGAGAGACCCAAGCCAGUGCCACGGUGAAGAUGUUGCCCACGUACGUCUGUGGGACACCAGAUGGAACAGAGAAAGGGAAAUUCCUUGCCCUUGAUCUUGGUGGGACAAAUUUCAGGGUUCUGCUGGUCAAAAUCAGAAGCGGGAGAAGAAGAUCUGUGCAAAUGUAUAACAAAAUCUUUGCCAUUCCUUUGGAGAUCAUGCAAGGGACAGGGGAAGAGCUCUUUGACCAUAUUGUCCAGUGCAUAGCAGACUUCCUGGAGUAUAUGGGGAUUAAAGGUGCUCGACUGCCUCUGGGCUUCACCUUCUCCUUCCCGUGCAGGCAGGCCAGCAUUGACAAGGGAACACUUGUGGGGUGGACAAAAGGUUUCAAGGCAACAGACUGUGAGGGGGAAGAUGUUGUUGAUAUGCUGAGAGAGGCCAUCAAGAGAAGAAAUGAGUUUGACUUGGACAUUGUAGCAGUGGUGAAUGACACUGUGGGGACAAUGAUGACAUGUGGAUAUGAGGAUCCAAACUGUGAGAUUGGCCUUAUUGCAGGAACAGGCAGCAAUGUGUGCUACAUGGAGGACAUGAAAAACAUAGAAAUAGUGGAAGGGAAUGAAGGAAAAAUGUGCAUUAACACAGAAUGGGGAGGGUUUGGUGACAAUGGCUGCAUUGACAACAUCAGAACAAAAUAUGAUAAAGAAGUAGAUGAAGGCUCACUAAACCCAGGGAAACAGAGGUAUGAAAAAAUGACCAGUGGAAUGUACCUCGGUGAAAUAGUAAGGCAAAUUUUGAUCGACUUAACCAAACAAGGACUGCUGUUCAGAGGACAGAUUUCAGAAUCACUCAGGAAAAGAGGCAUAUUUGAAACAAAAUUCCUGUCUCAGAUCGAGAGUGACCGGCUCGCCCUCCUCCAAGUUCGGCGAAUUCUGCAGCAGCUCGGCCUGGACAGCACGUGUGAAGACAGCAUCAUUGUGAAAGAGGUGUGUGGAGCUGUUUCAAAGAGAGCUGCCCAGCUCUGUGGGGCAGGACUGGCAGCCAUUGUAGAGAAGAAGAGAGAAAACCAAGGCAUGGAGCACUUGCAAAUCACCGUUGGAGUAGAUGGGACUUUGUACAAGCUCCAUCCACAUUUUUCUAGGGUCCUACGGGAAACGGUGAAGGAACUGGCACCUCGGUGUGAUGUGACUUUCAUGCUCUCUGAAGAUGGAAGUGGGAAGGGAGCUGCCCUCAUUACUGCAGUGGCAAAAAGACUGCAUAACGUUGGACAGAAGUAGAAAUGAGAGGUCAAGUCAUUUCAGCACAACCAGGUGCAUGUGCUAGAGAUUUGCUGAGUGGUGAUUCAAGGUAGCUUUGCCAGACACCAGUACACAGGUACCCGUUUGCAGGGAGCAGCUGGUUUUUGACCAACCAGGAUUUUGUGGAUUUUUGUCCUUUGAUAACUUGGACCAGGUGUUCCUGCUCCCCACAAGCAUACUGCAGUCUGCUUGGUUCUGUACUUCCUGCAAUGCAUUUCUGAUGCACACAACCAAACCAACCAAACAAAACCAACCCCAAAUGUGUCUUUUUACAACAGUGUCUUUUUAAGCUACUGCCACAACUGAGUUUAUGAUCAGUUUGUUAGGAUUUGUGUGUGUUUUAGUUGUGGCUUGGCCUGGGUCAAGGAACGUUAAGGUGUUGCACCUAUCUAGUGGACAUGUUUGUUUGAUGCUUCACAGAUUUUACAAUGAAUCUGCAGGUAAAAGAAAUUAAUGGACUUUGGUCAGUGAUGCUCCCCCCUCCGCUACAUUGGUUGCAAGUGUAUUGCAAUGUAAUACUUUUCUGAGUACAGGAGGCAUGUUUAAUAAAUGAAUGUAAAGGAAAAAAAAAAGAUGAUUACACAAAAUAACAGUUUGUGUCAAAAUAUAUCAGUGCAUCUGAGUUGCACGUACAUCUAAACCAGUGCUGGAUGGAUUCUGACUGUGACUGGUUCUUCUGAUACUGGGGAAAAAGAGGAUGUAGAAGAUGAUACAGGGUCUGCUGUGUCUGUGUCAGGGCUGUGUAUCAGAGUAUCAAAUCUGGUUCAUUUUUGGGCUGCCAAAAUAGCUGUGCAGAGGGGAAAAAAAAAAUCACCUGGGUUUCUGAAAUUCUCCUCUUUGUUUUCCCUUGGUUAUUUCUUUGCCUGUUCUUGAGAGGAUUGUUUCCAUUUUGUGGAAAGGAGUUUAUCCUUGGUUUUAAUUUUCUGUUGCCUGCUGCUCUGCCUGUUUGUAGCCUGUUGUAAAUAAAUAUGUGGUGCUGUGA